AUGAGCGAUGUUCUAUCUCAAUAUAAAGGGUGCUCAGUCAGAGAUUUACCCACACCCAAUUUCGUUAUUAAUGAAGAAAAAUUUGAUAAGAAUUGUACGACAAUGUUGAACAACGUUGAAAAGCUCAGCCAGGAAUGUGGCGUACCAAUCAAAUUUCGUGCACACGUAAAAACGCAUAAGACAGCAAAGGGAACUUUGAAACAAUUGGGCCACGGACUUCCAUUGGCUAAACGCACUACAAGAGCCAUAUUAGUAUCAACUUUGAAAGAAGCAGAAGAACUUCUUAAUUAUCAAGAUAGACAAUGUUCGGAUUAUAUUGACGAUAUAACAUAUAGUUUACCCUGUUGCGUUCCAGAGUUUAUUCCUCUUUUGAGCAAUUUGUCAAGAAGGGUGAAUAAUUUUCAGGUUUUUGUUGAUAACAUUGAACACUUGGAGAAUUUAAAGAAUUUCGGUAGGCCUGCUUCCGGCAAGAAAUGGUCGGUUUUUAUCAAGGUUGAUAUGGGGACUAAGAGGGCAGGUCUUGCUUUCGACUCUCCAGAAUUUUUGAGUCUUUUAAAAAAACUGACUUCCUCAGAAAUUAAAGAAGUAAUUGAGCCAUAUGGGUUUUAUGCUCAUGCCGGACACAGCUACUCUUCAACCUCGAUCAACGACACUCAGAAUCUUUUGAUGGAAGAAGUGAAAGCAGUCAAUUCUGCCGCUAAAGUUUUGUGCUCUGUGGAUCCUCAGUUUGAUCCUUCUAAAUUAACACUUUCUGUGGGCGCUACUCCGACUUCCAAUUCUUUGAAACUCGAUAAUAAAAGUACCCUUGUUAAAUUCAUUACUACUCAAUUAGUUAGUACGCUUGAAAUCCACUGCGGUAAUUACUGCAUGUAUGACCUGCAACAGGUGGCAACAGGCUGUGUCCAAGAUCACGAAUUGUCUGGUUUUGUAUUAGGAACAGUACUAUCAUCUUACCCUUCUAGAGGUGAAUUGUUGAGUAAUACAGGUGUAAUGUGUCUAACGCGAGAAGCAUCCUCAAUAAAAGGGUUUGGAAUAUGUGCUGAUUUGGAACAUGUGUUAAAAUCCGAGAGUUUCAGUAGGGAAUGGUAUGUAGCAAGGGUCUCUCAAGAACACGGGAUACUGAGGCCAAUAAGAAACUGGAACGAAACUACUCCAUUAAAAUUAGGCAGCAAAAUUGCCGUCCUUCCUCAACACGCUUGUAUCACAAUGGGACAAUUUCCAUAUUAUUUCGUGGUAAACAGCGAAGGCAUUGUCAACGAUGUUUGGUUACCUUUUCAGAAAUGGUAA